AUUAUACGACAUCAUAAAGUGUUGUAAUUGCACCGAUUAUGAUUAAUUUAUUAUUGAAACUCCAAAGACGCACCAAGUGUGAAAUGUGGAAAAAAUGGCAGCUGUUCCAUGCCACGGACUUUCAAUCGCUAAUGUAUCCCUGCUUUACUUUUUGUCGCAUUCUCGGAUUAUUUCCAUAUAGGAUCAACGCUUCAACUUUUCAAACUCCGAAACGAUCUUAUAUUCUACCGAUCAUUAUUAUUUGCAUUCUCUUUAUUUGUGAACUGAUAACGUUAUAUGAGGUUGACGUUAUUAACAAGCAUGACGAAAAUGUACCUAAGACUCUCGAACGUAACUGUUUUUAUAUACUCGGCGGUUUUAGUACGGUUGUUGCGUAUGCCUUAAACGGUCGUCGGAUGCACUUGCUCCAGAUCAUAAUGGAGAUCUCUUCAAAACUGCCCCCUGAUUCAUACUUCAAGAUGUCUAUACUGAUCCACGCUAAAGAUAUUUUCGGUUUCUUUUUUCUAGUCGGUCAAGCGACAUGUUAUUAUUCCAUAACGGGUGUCUGUCAUUUGCGUAAUCUUUUAGUGCUAUAUAUACUUCUGAUAACAUUUCAAAUGGAUAUGCUGCACAUGAAUUGCGUUUGCAUAUUAAAGGCUUGUUUUAAAAAAAUCAACGAUAAUUUGAUAAAUGUGCGAGAGCUCAUAGUGAAUAAUGAAUCGCAUUUUCUGAGGCAGCAUAAUAGAAAUCCAUUCGUAUUGAUGGAGCUCAAGAUGUUGAAAAAGCAACAUCUGAUGAUCAGCGACACAGUGCAAAUGUUAAACGCAAUUUUCAGUCUACAGGUUCUCGCUAGUGUAGUUAUGACUUUUGCUGAAAUUACUUUUCGACUAUACUUCUAUAUAUUGGAAUGGAAAAGUCAAGAAAUGUCAAUGUUCAAUGUAGAUCAGAAUUUCCAUAAUGUGUUAUUGAUAAUAUUUAUAACAUAUUAUUGUAUCAAAAUAAUGUUGAUUGGGUGGGCUUGUGAUACAGCCAAAGAUCAGGCUAUGAAAAUUGGUAUCACUAUUCAUGAAAUACUUAAUGACACCAUCGAUAAGCAAAUCAAAGACGAGCUGCAGAUGUUUUCCUUGCAAGUACUGCAUCGUGAAAAUACAUUCUCCGCCAAGGGUCUUAUAGUAGACGCAACGCUUCUCGUUGCGAUAGUGGGUAACAUCACUACAUAUCUAUUAAUUUUAAUACAAUUCUUAGUAGCCCAAGAAGUUUGUAAUAAAAAGAUUACAAACAAUGUUACAGAAAUUAUAUAUAAUUAGAAGAAGAUUCAUAAUCAAGUAAAACAUACAAUAUAUUAUAUACAAAAUACUAAAUAUAUUCUUAUAUUGUUGUAUUAUAUGUAUGUGUAUGUUACACAUAUAUACAAACAAAACCUUAUGUAUAUGUAAAUAAUUACAUUAAUAUUUAAUUGCAAAAUCUUUAAGUUGCUUAUGCUAUUAUCUUGUAUCAAUAAAUAUGUUUACUAGAAAUAUCGCUUUAGAUUCAUUAAAUAAUAAACAAUAAACUAAUUCAUAUUGCAACA